GACGGUGUUCACCCGAACGUUUACGGAGCUGGGACCAGUUGUCAUGGCGGCGGCGCUGUUCGAGACGGAGUGGAACGACUUUUUCUCGGAUUGCGUCCCGCCGCCUCAUGCGGACAGCUCGGCCGAGGCGAUGGCCGAGUUCGCGGUGCGGCACGCCGAGCAGGGCCGCAGGGUGGUGCUGGUGACCUCGGGGGGCACCAAGGUGCCGCUGGAGUCGCGGACCGUCCGCUUCCUCGACAACUUCAGCAGCGGCUGGCGCGGCGCCGUCUCGGUCGAAUAUUUCCUCGGCCUGGGCUACGCCGUGGUUUUCCUGCACCGCCACCGCUCCCUGUACCCCUUCUCCCGGCGCUACGCCGGCCUCAACAUGCUCGAUGCGCUGACAGCCGUGCUGGACAAGAAAACUACCUGCUGGCGGGUGGAAGCUAACCAGGCGAUGCUGCCCGACAUCGUACCGGUGCUGCAACGCUAUGUGACGGUGCGAGAGGCCGGCCUGCUCCUUCCCGUAGAGUUCAGCACCUUAUCCGACUACUUGUACCUGCUACGGGCGGCGGCUCAGGCGCUCAACUCCAUUGGACCAAAAGCCAUGUUCUACCUCGCAGCAGCUGUGUCUGAUUUUUUCAUUCCUGCCUCUGAGAUGCCAGAACAUAAAAUUCAGUCAGGUGCUAGUCCUCUGCAGCUAACUAUGCAAAUGGUUCCCAAGAUGCUUACCCCUCUCGUGAAAGACUGGGCUCCUCAGGCAUUUAUCACAUCCUUCAAGUUGGAGACUGAUCCUUCACAGCUGGUUGUACGAGCACGUAAAGCUUUAGAAACUUACAGACAUCAGGUUGUAGUUGCCAACGCUCUUGAAACACGGAGGGUGUUUGUUGUCAUAGUAACUGCUGAUUCUCAAACUGACCUGGCACUUUCAGAGAACGAAGUGAAGCAACACCAUGAAAUCGAAGAGAAGAUUGUGAAACACUUGAGUGAAUGCCACACUAAUUUUAUAGAGAAAAGCAACAAUCCUAAAUAGAUGUUUUUCAUGACGCAGCUGAGUUAGAGGAAUAAUUGUAUGAUAAUUGAGAGAGAAUUGUUAAAGUGCUACUUUUUUUUUAAAAAAAUGAAAACUUGCAUAUGUGAAUAAAGCCAGCUGGGAGAUCUGGCAUUAUACUCAAUAAAAGUUUUCAAAACCAAGUAAUAAUAUGUAGUUUGAGCUAACAUUAAAACUUAGCUUCUGACUGCACUAGGAUUUCCUCCUCAAAACCAUCAUGGACUGAUAAAAUGGCACUGCAGAGUCUGUGCGCUAUUUUAGGCCUCAAAUGGAAAAUACAGAACUUUUCUGUAUCUAUCAGGCAUGUAACUCCAUCAAAUUUAGUGACAAAGAGUUGACAUUAUUGGUGUGAUUACUAUUUAUUCUGUAUCUUAUGAAUUAGUUUCUGGUGCUGUGUUUGGGACCUUUACCGCAGCUGGAUUAUUGGAAUAGGGCAAAACUGUUUUUACCAAUAUAGUUAGUAAAUUUACUGGAUGUUGUAAGCUGUGAACUAACUAGAAAAGAAUUUUGUAGCAGAAGUCUGAGAUACAGUUCUUGCAAGUAUGACCAAAAACAAAGCUGUAGGCGUCUCUUGAUCCUGAACUGAAAUAAAAUACAAUGUAUAUUAAUAAA